AAAAAAGAGAGAACACAGAGAAGGAUCUGACAGUGCAAACCAACUUUUCGUCAUCGAAUUUGGCAGAUUAUGCGGCUAUUAUAUCGCAUAAUUCGUCGUAGCAUCUGAGAGCAGCCGUGAUCUUCACGCAGAAAAUAAAACGAAAGAACGACAGCGUUAGAGACCAUUUGAAGCAUAAAAGAGAACAGACCCGAGAUCAAGAUGGGUAGCAGCGAAGGACAAACGUACUGCUUGCGAUGGAACAAUCACAAAUCCAACCUGGUCGAAAUACUGGACGCGCUGAUCAAAAUGGAGUGCUACGUAGAUUGCACGAUCUACGUGGACGAUCAGGUGCAGUUUAAGGCGCACCGCGUCGUGCUGGCGGCCAAUUCGCCGUACUUUCAGUCCAUCCUGCAGGAUGUGCCGAUGGAUCACUGCAGCAUACUGUUUCCGGGUGUGAAAGAGUUCGAGAUGCGCGCCCUGCUGGAGUAUAUGUACACCGGGGAGGUGAACGUGACACAGGCGCAAAUCCCACGCAUCAUGAAGAUUGCCGAGCAGCUGGAGGUGAAGGGACUGUACGAUAUGGCUGACCUAAAGGGCCGGUUCGACAAGAUGGUUGAUAUCGAUCAUCACCUGCGAGAGCGUGACCCAACGACGAUGCUGCUGGCAAGCAACAAUAACUACAGCACCAAGACGACCGGAUCGGGUGGCGUCGCUGGUAGCUGUAGUUCGUCCGCUUCAUCUCCCUUCCAGCAUGGUCCUCAUGGGGCAACGACCAGCAGCCAGACCAACCCGCAUUCACUGCAACACCAAUCGUCGCCAGUGAUCUCCACAUCAACGAACGUUUCGAUCGCUCAAAGCAGCAGCGCAUCACCACCGUACACCUACAAAUCUCCCUACUCGAGCCUCUACUCCCGUAGCCCGGGAGCCGUGGAAAGGGAUCGCGAACGUGAAGAGCGCAGUCGCGAUCGUUCGUCCUCGUUCUCCCAUACUACCUCCUCGCCGCACAUUCAAUCUACUAGCAGUACUAGCUCGAGCACAACGACGAUCCAACAGAUUGGCAGCCAAGGACCUCCGGGUGGAACAUCAUCAUCAACAUCCCAUUCGACAAGCGGUACCUCUGCGGGCAGUUCCUCCUCAACCACUCAACCAUCGACGGCUGCGGCCGCAGCAGCCUUAGCAGCCAGUUGGCCAGGACUCAGUGGCCAGAUACCGGUAUCCCUUGGACAAACGCAGCUGCACAGUAUGCUGAGCUCGGCCUACGAUUCCAGCACGGACAUGAAUCCACUUAAACGCAAGAAGCUUCAGUCAAUGUCCAGUAUGCUGCGUGACACACCGAUUCUGCGCAAUGUGUUGGCCCAAGCCAAUCCAGCCGAUUCUUCGCAGCCUGGUGCAUCGCCCUCCGGUACCACGUCAUCGGCCGGCGUGUCCACAAUCCAGCCAAUCCCUGGCAGCAUGAAGCCUGACACCGAGCGUCCUGGCAGUCACCAUUCCAAUGGUAGUGGCUAUAAGCUAAUAAAAGAGCCACCACACUCGCCAUACGCUGACAAGUCGUUCGAGGACGAUCUGAUGGAUUCGCCGCACAACUUUAGCGGAGAUGCCCGGCUUGCCUCAUACGUGCCACAUCAGCAGCAGAAGCCCGAGUGGAAACGCUACAAGCAGUACACCAGGACGGACAUCCUGAACGCGAUCGACUGUGUGCGGAAGGGUAUGAGUGCGCUGCAGGCUUCGCGUAAGUUUGGUGUUCCUUCGCGUACGCUGUACGAUAAGGUGAAGAAGUUGGGCAUCACUACGGGCCGGCCGAUUAAUCGGGGAUUGAAGCGAUCGCCAAGUUCGAGCAGUAGUCCGGCACCGUUUCCGUACGGAUUGAGUGGUGCGAGUCAUAUGUUUGGCCCGGGCUCAUCCGGCGGUUCCGGUGCACACCCGGGUGAUCAUCACCAGCAGAUGGCAUCUCAAUCUCAACAGCAGGAUGAGGAGACGGCAGCAGCGGCCGCAGCAUCGGCUGCAGCUGCAGCCCUAGCACACCAUGAAGCUGCCGGUCGGAUGAUAAAGCUCGAGCACGGCAGUCACCAUGGAAUUCCACCGACGAUACCCCAUCCAGCGGCUGCCCUGCUUGAUCCUUCCUUCUUGCAACAAGCGCUGGAAGCACGUGGAGGUGAUAUUGCUGGCCGUGAGGCUCUUCAUGCCAUGGCUUUCGCUGCAGCCGCUCAUGCGGCUGUGAACGGGAUGAGCACAUCUCCCGGAACCCACGGUACGGCUCGAUCUCCGAGCCCGAAUGUGCUGAUGAAGUACAUGCGCUCUGUAUCGAUGAGCUCGCCGGAAGAUGAGCGUCACUAUCCGCAGCAUCCACCGCAACCUCGAGAGGUUGACAUGGACGAAGCGGUCCCGGACGCAAGGCAACGGCACCAUAAUGGGGCAGAUGUGCUAGCUUCCUACGGUGGUCGACGUGCAGUUAUCGAGCAUCCGAUGGAGCAGGAUUCGAUCGAUGAGGGCGGCAGUGACUGUGGUGGGCGUGCGUCCAGCAGAGCUGCACCGGAGGCGCAAGACGAUCAUGUGGAGGAUCUGUCGAUGGGACCGAAGCGUGACUCGGAGGAAAGGGGCCUUUCGGUAUCUCCCCCGCUGGCCGAUUUGCGUCGACCUUCGUCACACCGAUCAAGGACACCGUCUCCUCAUGUGGCCCCGCAACCACAACCGCCACAGCAACAAGGUGUCAUAGUGCCUGCUCCCGGUAAGCUGAAGGAAGACUACAACAUCUCCAUCAAGCGGGAAAUCAUCGCCGAUAGCAACGCACCGUCGCACGAGUCAUCGUAGAGGUUGCAUCGGUCCCCAGUUCGACCCAGUCACUG